GUAAGCUACUCCCCGGCAUCCGCAUCGUCGACAUGGGCAUCAAGACCAUUGCCAACGAUCUCGACAAUGCACGCGUGUGGUUCGAUAAGGUACGUCUCCCCAAGGACGCUCUGCUGAACCGAUUCUGUGAUAUCAAAGACAACGAGUACGUGCAAGUGGGAACAGAGCGCAUGCGUAUCGAGGUUAUUGGACAGCGCUUGCUGACUGGCCGUCUGGCUAUCGCCGAGGCUGCGUUGUACAGUGCUAAAGUGUUGCAUAUGAAGACUGGUAAG